AUGCCUCACGCCGAUUCUUCCUAUUUCUUUGGCUCAACAAAGGCCGAGAUUUAUCCUCAACUACUUGACCAAACGAGGGGUUUGACCUCCGGUCAACGCAAUUGGGUGAGAGCGAUUCCCAAUCAGAUUCCAAGAGACACAUGCCCAGCUGCUCUGCCUGGUCGCAGGCUUCGCGCGGUGUCGUUUUUCCUGGCCAACAAACUAACAACCAUCAGCAACCUUUCGAACGUCUCUUCGCUGUUGUGGCACACAUUCGCCGCUCUCCCUUCCCCUUCCUCCGCGGUCAAUUGGGCCGGAUUCUAUAUUCGCGAUGACAAGUUCCCCGCCCUCGCCUCGCCCGUCUCAUCGCCUCCCCUUGGCGGUGGACCCAACCUCAACAGCGUAACGAUCUCGACCACAUACGCUUCGACUGAGGACCAACUCCUGCUUCUGGGUCCAUUCAUGGGAAAACCUGCUUGUCAAGAGAUCCGCUUCGGUAAGGGCGUCUGCGGUACUGCUGCCGCUACCCAGAAGACUCUCGUCGUGCCAGACGUGGAGCAGUUCCCGGGACACAUUGCCUGCGACGCCGAGAGCCGCAGUGAGAUCGUUGUUCCCAUUCUUGUUCGGGGCGAGACUGUCGCCAUCAUCGAUAUCGAUUGCGCCCAGCCCGAUGGCUUUGACGACGUUGAUAAGAAGUAUCUGGAGGAAUUGGCCGAGAUCCUGGCUGAGAGCUGCGACUGGUGA